AUGCAUCACUUGCCCACCGAGAAACUAUUCUCGCUACAAGGGAAGACAGUUAUAUGCACGGGAGCUACAGGUGGCAUUGGUCAGACCUUGUGCAAAUCUCUCGCAGUUGCAGGUGCAGACAUUGUCUCUAUUCAGAUUCCCAAUGAUGCCCACAGCGAAAGCUUAUCCAGAUCUAUCUCAGAGAUUGGCCGAAGGUUUUGGGCUUUUGAGUGCAAUCUGACCGAUCCAUCUUCAAUCCGUUCAACCUUUCAAAGUAUUUGGCUAGCAGGAAUCAGGCCUUCCGUUCUCGUGAACUGUGCCGGUGUCAAUAGAAGAGGGCCAAUCACAGAAGUCACUGAUGAUGAUCUAGACCUUAUUCUAUCUGUCAAUCUCAAGGCUACUUAUAUAGCCGCACAAGAAUUUGCAAAGAAGCUGCUUCAGCUUCAGCUUCCUGGGAAGAUCAUCAACAUUGGUUCGGUAACUUCAUACCGGGGGAUGUACAAUGUUUCUGCCUAUGCAAGCUCCAAGGGUGGAGUCAUACAAAUGACCAAGUCUUUCAGCAAUGAACUAGCCCCUCACAACAUUCAAGUCAACUGCAUCUGCCCAGGAUACAUCAGUACGCCUUUAACAACACAGCUAGAGAAUGACCCAGUUUACAAUGACUUCAUUUUGAAGGGAACACCAGCUGGCCGUUGGGGAACCCCUGAAGACCUGAGGGGAGCUGUCAUCUUCCUUGCCAGUGAGGGCAGCAACUUCGUCACCGGUUCAAGUCUGAUAGUGGACGGUGGAAUGCUCGCAGUCUGA